AUAAAACUCCUAUUAACAGGAAACCGCUCUGAAUCGUUGGUCGUCAAAUCAAGAAUCAGGUGUGUUCUAAUUAUUCCAUGGAUUCUGUUGAGGCAGAGCAGCCUGAAGCUAUACCUUCUUCUCCUCCAUCUUACAAAACUGAACUCAUCCAUGUAUUCUGGCAUGAGGGCAUGCUGAAACAUGACACUGGAAAAGGUGUAUUUGACACAGGAAUGGACCCUGGAUUUCUUGAUGUUUUGGAAAAUCAUCCAGAGAACUCUGAUAGAAUCAGGAAUAUGGUCUCUAUUCUCAAAAGGGGUCCUAUUUCACCCUUCAUCUCUUGGCAUGUUGGUAGGCCUGCUCAAAUAUCUGAGCUGUUGACUUUCCAUACACAAGAGUACAUUAAUGAGCUUGUUGAAGCCGAUAGAGAGGGGGGCAAAAUGAUCUGUGCUGGGACAUUCUUGAAUCCCGGGUCCUGGGAUUGUGCACUUCUUGCUGCUGGCACUACAUUAUCUGCUAUGAAGCAUAUAAUUGAUGGAUGUGGAAAAAUUUCUUAUGCACUUGUUAGGCCACCAGGUCAUCAUGCUCAGCCCAAUCAAGGUGAUGGGUACUGCUUUCUGAAUAAUGCUGCUCUUUCUGUACAGUUGGCUUUAGGUUCUGGCUGCCGAAAGGUUGCUGUUAUCGAUGUUGAUGUUCACUAUGGAAAUGGAACUGCAGAGGGAUUUUAUCAUUCUGAUGAAGUUCUCACUAUUUCUCUUCAUAUGAAUCAUGGUUCUUGGGGUCCCUCUCAUCCUCAGAGUGGAACUGUAGAUGAGCUUGGUGAAGGGAAAGGGUUUGGGUAUAAUCUGAAUAUACCUCUCCCUAAUGGAACUGGAGACAGAGGAUAUGAUUACGCAAUGAGGCAGUUAGUUGUCCCUGCUGUUGAGAAGUUUAAGCCCGAUAUGUUGGUCUUGGUUAUUGGCGAAGAUUCAAGUGCAUUUGAUCCAAAUGGAAGACAAUGCUUGACAAUGGAUGGGUAUAGAGUGAUUGGACAAACUGUUCGUGGGUUAGCUGAUAAGCAUAGCCAUGGAUGCCUUCUCAUCGUCCAAGAAGGUGGAUAUCAUGUCACGUAUUCGGCUUAUUGUUUGCAUGCAAUCCUUGAAGGAGUGCUGAAAAUUCCAGUUCCUUUAUUAUCUGAUCCCAUUGCUUACUACCCAGAAGAUGAAGCAUUCAGUGUCAAGGUUAUUGAAUCCAUCAAAGAUUACCAGAUAAAUACUGUUCCAUUCUUAUGAGAGGCUGAAUCAGGUAGCCAGCUCCUUCAUGGACUCUCAUCUUGAACUUAAAAACAGCUAUUUCAUUUGACAGGAGAGCGAGGUGGAUUCGGAACCUCUCCUCAAAUUUUGUUUUUCUUUUCCACAGGCUUUCUAACAACACUUGCCUGUCUCAUGAACCACAUGGAGAAAGCAACCUUCCACUCAACAGAUUCAUCAAAUUUUGCGCAAGUUCUUUCUUUCCAAACUAAAACUGCACUGUUUGAAAAUUUUUGCCCGAAAAUUGGUAGUGGCCAAUAGAGUAGCAAGCUCUUACAGGCCAUUUUUAUUUGUUUACCCACCCUUCUCCCUAUAUUCAAACUCCAUUCUGACGACAUCCUUAGAACAUGAGCUUCAACAUUCUUUGAUCCACAUUUUGCAGAGGCCUAUGUCCAUCUCUAACAAAUAGCCAUUUCAGUCCCCUUCUAAGCAACAUCCACACUGCCCCUAUUUCUAUGUUGGCUACCUCUACAUCUUGUAUUCAACUGCAGUUAUGACAGUCCUUGUUCCUGAUUUCCCCCAGCAAGAAAGAAAAGUGGUAUCAACUGACGAGCACAGGAUCAGUCCUACCUAUCCCUGGAUAUUGGUUUAUCAGACAAGACUCAGGGCACGGGCAAGCCAUUCGCGUUAAUGCUUACCGGAUUUGAAGGGAUUGAAGUGAAUGAAGCUGUUGACAACGACUUCAUUGGAGCAAUGAUUCAUCGAGUCCAUUCUAUCAUCUGAAGUUGGUAGGGAUGAACUGUUGAGAAGACAAAUUAACGCCUUCAAUGGCAGUGGAUGAGGGAACUUGUUAUGUCAUACUGCCAGAAUUGUUAAUUCCUAAAGCUGUUAAGCCUUGUUUGGAGGAACACAUGGAUUCUAGUCAUCAUUUGUCUUGGUACGUUGGGGUCGCCACCAGAUCCACCAGCCCGUCGGGAGUGAAAGGAUUGAAAUUCGGUGGUAUAAAUAUGCUUCUGCUGCAUUGGAUUGAGGGUUUUAACCAUCAUAAUUAUGAUUGCGUAGAAGUGGCAAAAUGGAUAAAUAGUUGAUAAAUGGUUUUUCUUUAAUGGACAGUGGAUAAAAUCAAUCCAAUCCAAUUACGGCCGUUUAGUAAAUGGAUAUAAAUGGAUAGGGUUUAAAUGGAUAAUGGAAAAUUGUAAUCCAUCCAUUUAACCAGUUAGUAGAGUAGACUAGUAUUGUAGUUUUUUUUUAUAGGCGUGCAUACGGAUUCUCGUUGUCCAUAUUUUGUUGUUCUUGCAAGUUUUUUUUGG